GCUAAUUUGAAUAGUGCUUCGCACAUUAUUAAUGUUGUUUGGUCAGCACGCUUACAUCAAAAACACUCAAGAAUCAUAUUACAUUACUUCUUUUUGUUGUUGUGUAUCGUAUCUCUUUCGGCAUUUAUAUAGAUAGUUUAUAAAAUGCCAAGUUGAAGUAGUAAAUGCGACUCAGCCUGUGGGUGGCAGCAAAGAGCGGCUGUCUGUUAUUGUUCAAAAGAUAACAGAAGAAGAAGUAGAUUGGGCCAAUGUUUUCCCACGAGCCAAAAAAACUUCGUCGUUAAGCGUUUACAAUCGUGUUAUUAACCCAUCGGUGGGCGUUAUCCGCAAACCUCGGUGGUUAUCUAUACGUUUUUGUCGUUGACAGCUCGGAUCCAAACAGUUGCGGCACUGGCAAAAACGUUGCCAUCAUCACCGGGCAGAGAGAUGCAGAUUACACUUAAGACGCUCCAGCAGCAAACUUUCCAAAUCGACAUCAAUGAAGACCUAACGGUGAAAGUCCUGAAGGAGCGUAUAGAGUCGGUGAAGGGGAAGGAGAGUUUCCCUGAGGCUGGACUCAAGCUCAUCUACGCUGGCAAGAUCCUGCAGGAUGACACGCCCAUCAAGGAAUACAACAUCGACGAGAAGAACUUUGUGGUCGUCAUGGUCUCUAAGGCGAAGCCUCCCCCGGCCCCCUCGGCCCCUCCUGAACCCCCCCGGGGUGAAGAGUCCAGCUCCGCCUCCUCAGGGGCUGCAGCCGUGUCGAGCCCGCCCCCUCCACCAAGGCCCGCCCAUGCAGCCAUCCCCAUCCCCCCCGAUGAGGACAAGCACACCUCCACCUCCACCACACCGGCACCAGCACCACCAGCAGCAGCAGCAGCAGCAUCCACACAGCAGGAUGGCGCUGCUCCCCCCACAGAAGGACUGGGAGGCAUGGCUUCAUCAGCACUGGUGACGGGUGCAGAGUAUGAAGCGAUGGUGACUGAGAUGGUUUCCAUGGGUUACGAGAGAGACCGAGUGGAGGCUGCCCUGAGGGCCAGCUUCAACAACCCAGACAGAGCUGUGGAGUACCUCAUCUCCGGAAUCCCCACAGCAGUUCCAGUGCAAGAGACCAACCCUCCCUCUGGGAACCUCUCAUCAGACACACGCGCAUCAGAAGGUGAGAACCCUCUGGAGUUCCUGCGUUCCCAGGCCCAGUUCCAGAGCAUGAGGCAGGUUCUACAGCAGAACCCCUCUCUACUGCCGGCCCUCUUACAACAACUAGGACAAGAGAACCCAGCUCUGCUACAGCAAAUCAGUCAGCACCAGGAGCAGUUCAUCCAGAUGCUGAACGAGCCAGGAGGUGACGUGGAGGGAGGAGAGGGGGGUCCGGACACCGCCGACCCCUCCGAGGACGACCUCGCAUCCAGCAACUACAUCCAGGUCACCGCCCAGGAGAAGGAGGCCAUCGAGAGGUUAAAGGCGCUGGGUUUUCCAGAGUCCCUGGUGGUCCAGGCUUAUUUCGCCUGUGAGAAGAACGAGAACUUGGCAGCCAACUUCCUCCUCAACCAGAACUUUGACGAUGACUGAAACCUCCGUGUGUGUGUGUGUGUGUGCGCGUGUGUCUGUGCGUUUGUGUGGCAGGUAGUGAAUGAGAGUGCGUUACAGUGUAUGCAUGAUUUAAAGAGUUUAAUGGAUGAUGAUAUUAAUAUGGGGACUGGCGGUCUGCGCGAGUGAGUCUGUUUGUCUGUAUGGUCCUUUCAUUUCCCCAGAAACAAAACAAACAAACAAACACAAAAAACAACAGAAACAGUCAUGCAUGAUAACACUUCAGACUGAACAAACACAGACACAGACACACACACACACACACACACACACUUGCAUAUGAAGUCAAGCACAUGUUUGGAAAACACGCAGCCACACUGUCUCUGUCACACACUCUCUCUCUCUCUCUCUCUCUCUCUCUCUCUCUCUCUCUCUCUCUCUCUCUCUCUCUCUCUCUCUCUCUCUCUCUCUCUCUCUCUCUCUCUCUCUCUCUCUCAAAUCAUCGGCCGUUAGUGAAUAAGUGUGUGUGUGUGUGCGAGAUAAGGCAUGAAAAGUCAUUCCUGAACCAUUUCAUUGGAACUCAUAGCUCUGGAGUGUGUGUGUGUGUGAGAGAAUGCGUGAAUGUAAGCACUGCUUUUUGGGCAGUGUGUGUGUGUGUGCGCGUGCGUGCGUGUGACUGAGAGUUACAGAGGUAAAGAAAAAGAGGCGCAUCUACUGGAGGGGAUGUAUUUAAACAGCAUUUUUAAGACAUGAUUUGAAGUACAGUAUAUGUAGAAGGAAAUGCAGAAGAAAAUAUCAGAAAUGCUCUUUACUUGUUUUUUUUUUUGCCCAUUAAAUAAAUAAAUUAAUCUAAAAAAAAAUGGAAGGAAACGUUAGUGUCUCAGUGAUGUUUAGGGUUGAAGAGCCCCUACCAACCCAAUACCACUGAGCUAAAGGACCAGACCGAUAGCUCAGCGCUACCGAUAUUGUAUAAGUCUUCGGGAGGGAGGUUUAGGCUACUAAUGUUCUGCCGACGCACCCUGCUACUGCAGUUGGCAUCCGUUCCACAGAGGGGUGGGUGCUUGUCUGGGGCAGCAUUUGAAGAUGUCUAAGGAGACUGUACUGCCCUACAAAGGCAAAGUGCAGUAACUGUGCCAACAUAGAAACUGAGAAACCCUUCAAGCCCUUGAUUGGAGGAAUUUUGGUUGGAAUUUUGACAAAUUUGACAUAGCAGUACCUCUAAAACGGGACACAUUUGGACCAUAUGGCUUUGUCACAAGAUAAAGGAGGUGUAAUGAAGACCAUUUUCAGUCUAAAGUAACUCAAAACAGACAAACAAACAAAAUAUGUAGGCCUAGAUACUGCAUUUGCCUUUGUAUGGCGCUCUAGUGUACAGAUGGGUGGGUGUAGGCAUGCUCAUCAUUAAGACUGAAUGAAUAUUAUUGGCCAGUUUGUAACUAUACUUUUUUUUUCUUUUUUUCAAAAAGUUGUUCAUUUUGAAAGCCCCAUCACGUAGAUGGCACACUUUAUUAAGAGUCCACAUCCUCUUCUUCAGGCCCAUGCUUUCCGUCUCCCUGGCCUGUACCCCACCUCCCCAGCACAGCACAACAGAGCAGGGACCUGGGGGGUAUGCCAAGAACAUGGUUAAGUGAUAAACCUGGCUAACUGAACCUACAGGAAAGGGUCAUCCUGAUGUAUAGAUACACCACGGGUGUCAUGUAGUUCAGAAAAUGAGGACUCCAGACUCUUCUGUCAGAUGAUUUCCAGCUACCUCAAGCUUAACUUAACCUGGUUUACUACUGAUCCGGGUUCUUGGAAUACUCUCCAGACAACAUCCCGUGCGGAGCCAGAGCAGUCCAGUCCACACCCAGUGUUGAACAUGGGGGAGCUUUCUUGUCUAUCCAUGCUGUGUUGUUGUUUUUGGCAUCUGUUACCCAAGCAGCCCAGCCCCUCGUCUGGCCAAGUGUAUGGGCUGACACACACACACACAUACACAGCACACUGAGCAGAACCAGCUUUAGGACCAGUGUCCAGGUGCUGUCAUUGGGCCCAGGCAAGCGGGCAGGUGGGCGGUUUCCAGGGUUCAUCCUAAAACAUUACCAGCAUCUAGGUCCAGUCCAGUCCAGUAUGAGUGGAUAGGUGUCCAGCAGCAUGGGCUGGCAUGUGAUCCAGCAGAAAUGUAGUGUGGAAAAAACUGUGGUUACGUACUGUAGGCCUAUAAUUACCCUGGUUCUCACGCAAUGGUUGUUACCAACCUAUAUUACCACGGCUCUACGAGUUUCGAAUGACUGGCAGGUGAUGCUUUCAGCACUGAGCAUGUUCCCCACGCGAUGACGUUCAAUGCUGAAAGCACUGUCUGGCAGUCAGGAGAAACAAAAUGGAAACGUGUACUUCAAUCUAGAAGGGAAAGCUUAUAUUCUCUGCACAAUGGCUAGAUGACAGCAAAAGUCUGCACAUACAGACUUCCGUUGCAUCAAAAUUAACACUUGAAUCACUGUAUUGAAACACUGUAUACAGUUUAACCAUUAAAAUCAAUAUGAACAGUUUUUUUCCACAAUGUAUCUCUGCUGGUUCAUGCUGUACUUCACCUGAUACAUUUGGAUAGGUGCUGUGCCUUCAUCGGCCCAAAGAUGGCAGCAAAGGGUCCAUUUGAAAUUGAGCGCAUCACAAACUGGAGCUCCCACUAGGGUUUUUUUUUAUGUUUAUUCUUUUUGGAAUGAGAUUCGUUUUGAACGGGGUCUGCUUCACCUGGAGCUGUACAGAACUAUUUUAAAUAAUAUAUGUAUAAAAACAUAUAUGUCUCUGCACAAUUUAGCUUUUUUUGUUUUUCUUUCUUUUUUUUCAAUUGUAUUUUGAUGCUUGCAUUAAAAGCGGAAAAAAACUGUA